AUGGCACCUGCAGCAGAAGUUCUUCCUAGCUUUGAGGCGACCCCCGCCCCUACCAAGGGUGCCAAGGUGGCUGCCCCUACCGCCCCCCAGUCUGACUCCUCCAUUGGCCCUCGUGCCCCACUCCAGGUGUCGGGCCUCCUCGACUCGCUCUACGAGUUUGACGAGCUCACGCCUGGUCUCGGCCGCACCUACCCCACUCUCCAGCUCAGCGAUCUGGUGCACCACGAGAAGGCAGAUGAGCUCAUUCGCGACCUCGCCAUCAUCAUCUCGCGCCGUGGUGUGGUCUUCUUCAAGAACCAGGACCUCUCUCCUGAAGACCAGAAGUUUGUCACGGACCGUCUGGGCCACCUGACUGGCAAGCCUGCUAGCUCGGGCCUUCACAUCCACCCUGUCUACAACGCCGAGCGCGAGGGCAAGGAUCAGAUUGUCGACGAGAAGGGCACUAGCAACAAGGACAAUGAGAUCAGUGUCAUCUCGAGCAACCUGCACCGCCAGCUGGAUGUCGGUCCUCGCUCGGGUGCUGACGAGUGGCACAGUGACAUUGCCUUUGAGCCCGUGCCGGCGGACUACACCUCUCUGAAGGUGCACACGCUGCCUCACACGGGCGGUGACACCCUCUGGGCCAACGGCUACGAGGUGUACGACCUGCUCUCGGCCCCCUUCAAGAAGCUCCUCGAGGGUCUCCGCGGCCACUUCUUCGGUUACGAGUUUGUCGACUCGGCCCUCCGUCACGGUUACAACCUUCACGCGGGCCCCCGUGGUGCGGCUGACAACGUUGGCCAGAGCCUUUCGACUGAGCACCCUCUUGUGCGUACCAACCCGGUCACCGGCUGGAAGUCGGUGUUCGGCAUUGGCCACCACUUUGACCGCGUGCUUGACGUGACGCGUGACGAGAGCGACAUGCUCAAGCGCUAUGUGCGUGACCUUGUCACGCAGAACCAUACUACUCAGCUGCGCUACCGCUGGGGCAAGAACGACCUUGCGAUCUGGGACAACCGUUCGACCUUCCACGCGGCUACGCCUGAUUACUUUGAACUUGGUGCUCGCUCUGGCGUGCGUGCUGUUUCGUGCGGUGAGCGCCCUUACUACGACCCCAACAGCUCCUCGCGUCGCGAGGACCUCAAGGGCAAACUUGUCUAA